CGACAGCGGGCGGGCGGGAGGAAGGAGAGAGGAAAAGGAAGCGGAUCUGGGAGCGGAGGGCUCCGCGUGUCGCUCCCGCACCGCUUCCGGCGCAAUGGGCGUCCAGGGUCUGACGGGCUUCGUGGAGGAGCGCGGCGUGUUCUUCACCGAGCUGCGGGUGCGGGACACCAAGCUGGUCAUCGACGGCAGCAGCCUCUAUCACCGCCUCUGCUUCGCCCCCGCCGCCGACUUCCGACGCGGCGGCGACUACGGCGCCUUCGCCGCGGCCGUGCGCGACUUCUUCGGCAUCCUGCGGUCCUGCCGCGUCGCCCCGUUCGUGGUGCUGGACGGCGGGCGCGGCGCCGAGGACAGGAAGCUGCCCACGCUGCGGGGCCGCGCCGCCGAGCAGCUGCGGGCGGCGCACGGGCUGUCCCGCGGGGCCGGCGGCUGCCUGGCGCCGCUGCUGACCCGCGAAGCCUUCGUGCAGGCGCUGGGCCGGCUCGGCGUGCCCUUCGUGCAGUGCUUCGCCGAGGCCGACCGGGAGAUCGCCGCGCUGGCCAACAGCUGGGGCUGCCCCGUCCUCUCCCUCGACAGCGACUUCUGCGUCUUCGACCUGGCAGGCGGGUACUGCCCGCUGUCCCACUUCCAGUGGGAGAGCGUGUGCGCCGGGGAGGGGCCGCAGGGAUGCUACGUGCCCGCCCGCUGCUACUCCGUGGACCGAUUCUGCAGGCACUUCGGCCGCCUGAACAAGAGCCUGCUCCCGCUCUUCGCCGUCAUGAACGGGAACGACUACAUGGACCUGGCAGCUCUGGAGGCGUUCUACAGCAAGGUUCGCCUGCCGAGGGGCUGCGCGGCGGGGAAGGGCGGGAAGCACCUCCGCCUCCAGGGGCUCCUGAACUGGCUGUCGCAGUUUGCAGAGCCCACCGAGGCCGUCGAGAAUGUGCUGAAACACCUUAAGAAACACCAGAGGGAAGAAAUAAGGGAGCUUCUGUGCACUUCAAUGGAGGAUUACACUCCGUCUGAUGUGAAUCUUGAAGACUUCUUUCAGAAUGGAAGGUAUGAAUGCGAGGCUGCCAGGAAAGCAGACGUACCACAGUGGGUACUUGAUGCUUUGGCAAAAGGUAAGCUGGCCCCAUUCGUCAUCAAUGCCCUGAUACUAAGAAGUACCUUCCUCCGCGUUCAGGUGGAGAACAUGCAGAGACCGAGCGCUCAUAGCGCAUCUUUGCCCAUUCGACAAGUUAUCUAUGGACUGCUCCUGAGCGUACGUCAAAAUAACGAAGCUGCUUCUCCAAGUAAGCAGACGCACGAGCUGCCCCUUGUAUGUGAAUUUGACAGAUGCCAAAAGACAAUUAAAAAAACAUUUGUUCAAGCAGCAAGCCUACCCACAGAUUUUUGUGAUGAUCGUUUUCCUUUGGACAAGUUAAUGGAGAUGUCCACAUCAUGCCGUCAGAUGGUUUUGCUAGAGACUCUAGGAGUGAAAAUGAGUUUCCUAGAAUCUAUCCCAACUCACUUACAACUCCCUGUUGCUGUAACAUGUUACUGGAUACGUUGUUCAGAACCAAAAGUUAAGUUGCAUCAAUUAAAGGCUUUACUUCUAAUGAUAGUAUCUGGAGAACUGCACAGGAUAAACGAUGAUCCAGUCUCACGUGCUGAAGAUGACAGUAUUGCAUAUAACGAAUUUCUAAAAUGGAAGGAAAAGAAAUUGCAAAAUAACGACUUUGAUUUAGAUGCUGCACACAGUUUUUGCCAGUGGCAGUGCUGUCUUCAGAUGGGAUUGUAUCUCAACCAGCUACUUUGCACUCCUCUCUCUGAGCCAGACCUAAGUAGGCUUUACACUGGGACCCUUGUGCACAGACUGUAUCAAGAGCUUAAAUCAACACCUUCAGUGGAAAAUCUGUUUAUUUUAUCUCCAAAAAUGACUCAGCUUUAUCUGCUUUUGUUAAAUGCAGUGGAGUCAACUGUAUCUCCAGAAUUCUUUCAGAAGACAACCAAGGCUAGAUCAGACUCCUGUAAGAAGAAGAAAGCAUCUAAUAAGAAAAGAACAGCCACCAAGUGUGCAACACCAGAAAAUCUGCGUUUUUGCAGUGUUAAUAGGUUUGCAUCAUUGGAAGUGGAUGACUGAAAGCAUUAUUCCUGGAAUAAAUUCUAAUGCCAUGCUGAUGAAAGAAAUUACAUUAAAAUAUGUGACCAUA